GCAAUACAGCAACUAUCGCUUACAAGGCUAUUUAUUCAUACCGAUCCCCACUACUGUCAUCUCAAUUAUUUAUCAUUGCACCGAGACCGGCUAUGAACGUGAAGAGGGGAUCAAAACGACUACACGGCUACUGAGAUGAUUAAACAUAAAUUGAGUGGGCUCUUUGAUUUGUCAGUCGGCUUCGUGACUGAGGCGUUAAACAAUCGUAUUGUCAGUAGCCUAGUUGUUGAGACCGUGGUUGAUACAAGUGAUAGAAAUGAUUAGUCGAAUCAAGUGUUGUGAUAAAUUUACUCUCAAUUGGUGGUAAGCACUGACAUUGCAUUGUAUAUAAAUAUAAAUAUAAAUCAAUCGAAGUAAGCAAACAAUGAAAUAACUGUUUUGGGAAACAAUGAGCGAGCGUAUUGUUACGGAUUCCAAUAAUGGCACCGAUCCAAGACCGUCUGUUGAUCAAGACCCCAAUCUGCUAGAUGACAGUGAUAUAGCUAAAAUAAUUUCACGUAAAACAGGUGGAUCAGGUGACUCGGUGAUCAAUUGGCGACUUGAGCCAAUAACAAGCACUUGUGGAUUCAUGGGUUCGUAUUAUCAAUUGAUCGUCACAGUGAACAAUAAUAACGCCAAUCAAAAUGAUAACAGUUCGUCUGAUUCAACGAUAUUAUAUUUUUUUGCAAAAACACCUCCACCUAAAGGACCACAACGUGAGUUUACGCAACGAACAGGGCUAUUCAACAAAGAGAUUGUUAUGUAUGAUGAGAUUAUCCCGAGAAUGGGUAGCGGUUUUGAAGCCAAGUGGUCACCUGAUUGUUACCUCUGCAAACGAGAUGUCAUCAUCGUGAUGGAGGACCUCAAGCACCAAAAUUACACAACACUCGACAAAUACGUGGCAUUUGAUUACGAGGUCCUUGAAUGUCUUUUCGAAAGCUUCGCACGAUUUCACUCACGAUCGUUUAUUCUUGAAGAGCGACUACGUGUUCAAGGUAAAACACUGCGUGAUAUUUGGCCAGAUCAACUCCGAGAAGGACUUUUUAGUAACAAUGAAAGAUCAAUGCUCUAUCAGAAAUCCUCGCUAAUGGGAAUUGACUGUUUGGUCAACGCCAUUGAUUGCCUUACAGACAAUCAGAAAGAGAUUACAAUGAGUAAAAUCACUAGAUGGUGGGAAUGCCUUCUAACAGCAUUAGAACCGUCCCGUAAAUACCGUAAUGUAAUUUGUCACCGAGACGUUUGGUCAGCUAACUUCAUGUUUCUGACAAAUGAACUAGGUAAACCUAUCAAUUGCCGAUUGAUUGACUUUCAGUACUACAGCUAUCUAAAUCCGGCUAUGGAUUUAAUCCUGUCACUUUACAUGAUCACUAAUCGUAACGUUCGUGACAAAUAUUUUGAUAUUCUUGUGCAACAUUAUUACAAUUGUUUGAAACAGUGUUUAUAUAAUGAGAGUUUUGAUGUUGAUAAAAUUCUACCAUGGGACGACUUCAAACAAUCUUGCCAAGAUGCACGACCUUGGGGACUCAUUUAUAUAAUAUUUAACCAGCAGGUCACGCUUUUAGAUGAUGAUGCUUGUGAAAAAUACUUUGCACGUUCACCUCAACUACUCGAGCACGUUCUUUAUGGAACAGCUCGAACUGAACUUGUUUCGAUGCAAUUUCAAAAUAAUCAUUUGUACCGAGAAAAAUUUACGGAAAACAUUUUUGAAAUUUUCCAACUUUUGCCUGACCAAGUACAAGUUUAGUUUUAUUCUGUUCAUGUUUCACUAAGGGGCAAAAUGAGACGCCGUUUUUUAAGACAAGAAAUUUUUUUAGUAAAAAAAAAUGCUUAGUAACUGUUUGUAGAAAAAGGGGCAAGUUGACCAGCCUGGACAGUGCGGCCAUUUUAGAAUUUUUUCCAAGUGUUUCUUAUUUGAAUUAUUUUAUUGUAAACUGAAAAAUGAUGAGGUAAAAUUGUGAAAAAAAUGUAACGGAGUUUUUUCAAGUAAAAUUAAAAACAUUGUAGAUAUUUUGUAUGGCUUCAUACAAUUUCAGUCUUAUCUUUCUGAUCUAAAUCUACUGAUAAGCUCUUAUGACAUUUGCAACACGAUAUAUUCAUAAAAUCUCUUGCAUGUCUGCGAGUAAUUCUCAAUGAAAGUUAAAUAACUUUUAUAAUAAUUUACUUAUUCCAUAUUGCAAACUCUGAUAUUGAGAUAAAAUGAGUUUAUGUCCAUGGCGAGAACUUUAAUUUCAGUGAAAAGAAAUUUAUUGUAUAAUUUAGAUAACAGUUCGGAUUUUAUAGCUCACAGUGUCAUUGUUCCCCGCAUGGAAAAACUGUAUAGUGUUAAAAAUUUAUAAAAAUAUACAUGGUAAAUAUGUGAUAAAUAUAUGGAAGCAAAAAUAUAUAUAUUUAUGAAUAUAUGUUUUUUACAUAUAUUGGAUUAUAUAUUUUUAAUAAUAUAUUUCUUUCUAUAUAAUAUUUUAUAUUUCUCUAUAUAUAUUAUCUCAUAUAAUGCUCAAUAUAUUUUUGUCAUAUAUGGAUGGUAUAUAUGUAAUUUAUAAAGUAUAAUAUAAUAAAAUUUAUAUAUAUUUUGACUCAUAUAAUUAGUGAUAUAUUGUCUGUAUAUAAUUGAUCAUAGAUGGAAGAACUAAUAUGUUUAAAUCUAUGGUUUGCGGUAUAUUGAAGUUAUAUUUUUCCAAUAUAUAUUAAAUUAUAUUUUUCUCGAUAUCCCUGAUUAAACAAAAUGAUUAAAAAUGAUUUCACACGUUAAAUGUCCAUAAGAGACAGGAUUAGAAAUGAUUUGAAGGAUUAAAAAGUAUUUAAAAUGAUUAAAAAACAAAUCAUUUUAAAUCAUUUUUAAUCAUUUUGUUUAAUCAGGGAUAUUGAAAAUUAUAGUCUUUAUAUACCUAUAUUUUUUGAGAAGCUGCCCAAUAGCAUAGAAAUGAAAAUUACAAACUAAAAUGCAUGGUUUUUAUUAUGUAACAUACCAUAGUACGAAAAAUAUGUAUAGUACCAUAUAUUUUGCAAUAUACUGGAAAACUUAUAUAAAAAAUAUACAUCAUAUUGUAUAUUAAUAAAUAUACUACUUUCAAUACAAUAUAUCAAUAUAUAAUAAAAUAUACCAAGAUAUAUAUGCUAAACAUACAUAACAAAAGUUAUAUUGAUAAAUAUAUAAUUAAUAUAUUGUAGCAAUAUAUUUUUUUAUUAAUACGGCAAAAAUAUAAAUAUGAUUUUAUAUAUUGUGCAAUAUAUCACAUUAUAAUAUUCAUAUAUUUUAAAGUAUAGUUUUUCACAUAUAAAGUUUUUUCAUGCGGGUCAUGUUGCCCCUUGCCACAGCUUAAAAGAAAUUUUGCGGUGGUCCAUUUUGCCCCUUGUCUUUAUAAUGUAUGUUAUAUAUGAUGUUGCAAAUGUAUUGAGAAUAUCAAAAAAUCUUAUACUCCAUAAUAUCUUUGAAUUAAUAAAAUUGUGAUCAAGUUCCCAAAAAAAUUUUUAUUUUAUUAAAGAAACAAAACCUCGUUUUUUCCACCAACAGUUGGCAUUUUUCCUUGUAAAAAUAUUGUUUUCUGUUCUAAUAAAGCUUACAAACUCUUUUGUCUCUACUUUCAUGCACUCAUGUUUAUAUUUUCCGGUCGUAUUUUUAUUUUUCCGCUUUUUUUUCUUAAACGACUUAUUUCAAAAUGACAAUACUCUCUAUUGUUUUCAUAUGAUUAUUUUUUUAUUUUAACGUGUUAUUGUUUUUUUUUUUUCAUUUAUAUAUAUGUAUCGAUAUAUUUUUUUGUAAUGUUUUCCACGUCUGUAACACUUGACACCAGGGAAAAAAUCUACUCUGGGCUAAAUAUAUGUUGUCGAUGCGCGAGUUUAAAGAAAAUUCUACUGUUGACAUACUAUGAUAAGGAAAUACAAAAUAUUAUUAUUUGAUGGGAUAAGAUAAAAGUUUUAUCAACAAAAACAAUAAAAUUGGAAGAUUUAAAUCGAAUUAUAUUUUCAUGUUUUUAGUUGGUACACUGUAAAAAAAACGGGGUAAAUCCAGGCGGUGUAGGUGUUAAAAUAACACCGCUGCCGGUGUAAAUAUUCUUUACCGGUGUUAAAAUGUUUUUCGGUGAAUAAUUUUAUCACUAAUUGAAUCAGUAAAAGCCACUGUUUAUUUCCGUGAAAUUCACUGAUGGCCUCAGUGAAAAUAAAUCACUGAUCGCAUCAGUGAAAUUCAAUGUUAAUACUAACAGAAUAUUCACUGUGAAUGUCAGUGAAAUAGGUCCGCUAUUUUAGAACAGCCCAAAUCAAUAAAAAUGUAUGUACCUGAAGAUCGGAGCGUUUUUCACUCAACGUAAAUGAAAAAAAUUCAUGUAAUUUUACUGAAAGUGACUUGAGGGGUAGUUAGGGCCGGUUGCAAUUUACGGUUGACAUACUAGCACUUAUACGAAACAUUUCCAAAAUCUAGAUCCAGUAGAUUCUUUACUUUUUAUUUUCACUCCUCGAAAACGUUCCAAUCUUUAGAUAGGGUAAAAGCCCCUAUAUCCGCUCACUUUUCAAUAGAGUGAGGUUAAAUCACUCAAUAUAAAUUAAAAAAUAAAAUGAAAAACCGUAUGUUUUUUUUAUAGUUAUUUUUUGAAGUUUCGAGUAUUAGAAUAAAAUUUAAGUUUGAAGAAUAAUGUUGAUAAUUAAUUAUUAUUAAUUUUUUAAAUAAGCUCCUUGAGUGUACCCAUAGUCGCUCACUAAAAGUUGUGAUGUACCAUUACUCGAUCAACACAUGGCCCUAUAGUCGCACAAAGACAAUAUCAAUUAAACUAUAAUAAGUUUAUUGAUUUGGACAAAUAAUUUAUAAAUUAUACUACUUUAUUCUUUCAUAAUAUAAAAUUUCAUGAAUUUUAAAAAUGGAUUUAAUAAGAUAUAGUUAUAACAAUUCUUAAAAAAUUUGACGUAGCCUAAAUUUAAUCUAACGAAUGAACGUUAAAGUAAAAAAUGCUCGGCUGAGCACGAUUUUGAAAACAGUCAUUUAAUUUAAAUUUAUAAUCUAUUAUUAAACAAUUUGAUACAUCAUAUUUUAGUAUAUUUAGAUUCACAAAUAAUUAUUUAUCAAUAACAUUUUUAGUUUUAUUUAUAAUAAUUAUAAAAAAUCGCCUUAAACAGUUAAAGUGAGCGACUAAUGGUACUAAGCGGGUAAGGGGCUCUUACCUUACAUAUAAAUUUCACAAAUUCAUUUUUAGAAAACACUUAAUCCUGUCUAUAUGUAAUAUUAUCGUAGCUCAUAGGUAAUAUAAAUUUAUCACAGCUUUCAGCUUUGACGUAACGAUUUACUUUACAAUCUAUUACAAUAUUAAUAGUCUCGUCAUGAAUUUUGACUAACGAGUGGAAUCAAAUUACAAAAUUAAUUACUUAUAUUUGAUCGAUUAUUAAGCUAAAUUUUCUGACUAGUAACAUAUUAAUCGAUCACGUCGAAGAUUGGAAGCAAAGAAAUUAAUUUUACUUGUUAUCAUCUCGUACUUCGUAAAGAUACCUGGUAAAAUAAGUAUCUCAUCAGAAUCACCAAUUAGAUACCUAUGUAAUAAUAAUUUCCAUGCGCACAAAGAAAAUGAUCUUCUUGAUCUCUGUGACAGUGUGAUAUCGCAUUAAUUGAGCAUAUAACAAGAGGUAACAAACAAACAUCUAAAACCAAUUGCACUUACGAUUCCAUGGGUUUGUCCAACUCAUUGUUAUCGCUAGCAAGAGCAAUAGCAACAAUAGUGAAUGUGACGAUAAUACGGCCAACAACUGAAUUUAUUUUCUUUGCGAAGCUAUUACCACCAACAGUGGUCCCAGUGGGAGUUUACGCUGGAAACUACUGUCAGAACUCUUUGACAAAGAGAUUGUCAUGUACGACGAGAUCGUGCUGCGAAUGGGGUCUGGAAGAGAAUCCAAGUGGUCAACUGAGUGCUGCUUCUGCAAACGAGAUGUCAUCAUCGUAAUGGAGGAUUUCAAGCACCAUAAUUACACAACACUUGACAAACACGCGGUUGAUUAUAAUUUCCUUGGGGGUUUGUUUGAAACUUUAAUGAUAUUCAUUUGCGAUCAUUGAUCCUUGAAGAUUAAAUACGUGUUCAAGGAUGUCUCAGGUAGGAUGAUGCUCACGAGUCUUCUAGACCCCAUCUAGCCUUUAAGUGUUAAAAGAGUUAGUUUGUUCUUUUCAUCAAAUGUUAUAGAGCGACAAAUAACGUACCCGCGAGUAAUAAGGCCCGUCGGAUAUUAAGGCCCAAGUGACAGAAAUGAUAUUUAAAAUAAUCGCCUCCGCUAAAAGCUACUCUAGUAGAAGGGUCUUGCAUAGAAAUGUUAUGACAAGUUUAUAGAGUCCCGAUACUACGUUCCCUGUCUUCUAUAUUUCAUCAUCUGUCAUAUACUGUCCUAGUGCAGAAGAAAUUAUAAAAAACAAUCUAGUCUUCUGACUCUUGAAAAGCAUUGUUGCUAAAUUUAAGUGAUGAUUUAUCUUUAAUACCAAUUUUAUUAAGUAUAGUUCAGUUAUUCCAGAUUGUUUAAUCCGUAGGCCUUAUUACUCGUAGUAAAAUAAGGCCUAUUCGUAUGGUUUUUGUAAAAGUUCAAUUUUUUGUUUGUUUAUGGUAAAAAUUACCAAUACUUCGU